UCAUCCUCCACUUCUCAACCAACCCCAUCCAUCCACAAAGCGCCAAUCCCAGCAUCUAACAGCGCCUUCACACUACCCCAAACCACUUUCAUUCGUCCGUGACAAGAUGAAGCUCCAUCCUCUCUGGCUGCUCACCCUCCUAGUCACCCUGGUGACCUCGACCGCCAUCAAGGCAGGCUGCGACUGCGCCCUCGCCGCCGGCACCGACAGCAACAACGACCAGGUCUCCCGCGAAUCCGUCCUCGCCUAUGUGAAGUGCAUGCACGGUUGCACUGAGCACGCGUCCAUCAAGAAAGCCCUGGACGGGUAUAUCAGCCUCUACACUCGUGACAAUGUCGUGACCGAGCCAGCUGCCUCCGCCCCUGACACCGACAUCGAUGCCUCCUCUCCUGUCGCUGAUCUCGAUACCGAUUUCGAUGAGGAUCUUGGUGUCACCUCCAUCGCGGCAUACACACUCGACAGCGAUGAGGACGAGGACAUGGACCUUCUGAGUGAUGCUGAUGCCGAUACCUUCGACACCACCUCGGUCUGGGAAGAAGACACCACCAACGCCACCACUCUUCUAACAACCCGCAUCGCGCCCCCCGCCGCAGACGGCGAAAUGUCCACCCAGGACCGCAAAUGCCACCGUCGCUGCCGCCGCACCAAGGAUUGCUGUCACACCGACAUCUGCUACUCCGGGGUGUGUCUGGGCCCUGGCAAGUCGCCUUAGCCUAGCAUCCGGACACCUUCCGUGUCACACCACUGCCUGCCCAAUCUUUCCGCUGUUAAGUGCCCUACCUUCCUAUCGACCUUCGAGGUGGGUGCUAGUUCAUGAGGCAUACAAACCGCAAGGAGUGAUCUGGGCUUGGCCAGGGGGAUGUACGUAAAUCCAAACUUGAUUGUAUCCACUC